AUAUAAUGGGCUCGUGGCACUUAGACAUUACGAUUAUUAUUUAAACAAAAGAUUAGGCUUUAUCUGAUCUUACGUAUUCUUCAGAGCAUCUGCAUUGCUGCCUAACCCAUUCAAAAGCAAAAGAAGCAGUUAUAUUUACUAAUCUUUGAUUAGUUCUAACUAAUCCUUUUUUGUUGAGAAAGUUUCUUCUGUUUCAAGAUGUGUCCCAUGAGGUUCUUCCUGGUGUUCUUCUCGGUUAUAUUGGCGGGGUUUGUUGCAUGGAAAUCUAUUGGUAGUGGAAAUGAUGGUAGUGAUUCCAUUUUUUCUGAGGAUUCUGAUGAUUUAAAGGUUUCUGCAAAUGACCGACAAAAUCGCGACAUGAUUAAGAUGGUGCAAAAUGGAUUCUGGGUAUUUGUGGACAUGGCCAGUGGGAAGUAUCUGUGGAAAGCCCUCAGAUCUGGAGUCUGAAGUUAAGCGAGCUUGUGUAAUAAAUACAUGUAAUUAAAAGGGUAAUCUUAGUUCUUUCGUGUUUCAGUUGCAUGUAUAUUAUCUUUAAAUCAAGCAGAGUUCAUCUUGCGA